AUGGCUGCCUUCUCCCCUGCCCUGCUGUGCCUUGGUGCCCUGGGCUGCCUGUGGGGCCCAACGGUUGCAUUUGUGGAUUUCCAGGGCCGUUACUUCAUCACGGCUUUCUUGGAGAAUGGGGGCACGGAGAAGCCCAACUUCCGCCUGUACGUGUCGCCACCUCCGAAGGGGCCUCCGACGGCUGUGCAAGUGAGGGCGCACCCGGUGGGCGGACCGCCCUUUCGGCGCGCGCUGCUCCUGCAGCCAGGCACCACUGCGUUGGUGAGCCUGCCAAGCGCUGUGGAGCUACGGGGCUCGCGGCGGGCGGCGGGGGGCGCGGUGCGCUUAGCCGCCUCGCGACCGGUGGGUGUGACAGUGGUGAACGCGCGUGGGCGCACUUCCCUAGACACCGCACUAGCGCUUCCGCGCCGCCUGCUGGGUACUCGCUACGUGGUGGUGACGCCGUCGCUGCAGCCCCACGACCGGCACAAGGAGUUUGCGGUGGUGGCGGGAGGUUGGCCCACGCGCCUGAGCCUCACGCCUCCGGUGCCCAUCCUGUUGGAUGACGUCGAGCAUGCUGCCGGCCGGCCCCUCCUCGUGCACCUUGAGCCCUUCCAGGCGCUGCAGGUGCAGAGCGCAGGCGACCUGUCCGGCACGCGUGUCGUGGCUACUCAUCCCGUCGCGCUGCUGGCUGGCCACAGUUGCCUGAAAGCGAGAGAUAAAGCCUGUGGCCAUGUGUCCGAACAACUGCUGCCCCAGGAUUACUGGGGCCGCGUCUACGCGGUACCCCCGUUCGCGCCGGAGGCUCCCGGACCCAGAGACCACGUGUAUGUGGUGGCUGACAGCCUGGGCAGCCUGAGCUUCUGGGGGGGCGGUGCCAAAGGGGCGCGGGCUCUGCGCCUUGGGGUCGUGCUGCACUUCGCGGUGGACCCAGUGCGCCCCCUGGUGCUGCGCUCCUCCGCCGGCCUGCAGGUACUUUUCCUGGCUGCAGCUGCGGCCCGCGGGGGCGUCGCCUACAAUCCCUUCUUCGCUCUCUUGCCUCCUGUGGACGCGUUCAGCCGCAGCUUUGCGCUCACCGCGCAGCCGGGCUUUUCCAACGUGGCGGUGCUGCUGGCGCGCGAGCCCACCCCGGUGCUCCUUGAUCAGCAGCCGCUGCCCAACCUGCACUGGCGCCUAAUCCCCGGCGGCCCAGAGCCGCGUCACGGGCAGCAUUCUGGUGAAAGCCAGGCCCCCUCUCCGGGUUUCGUCUGGACCGAGGUGGCAUAUGGGCCUGAGCCCGGAGUGGUGCACUUCCUGGAGACUCGCGGGCCGCCGGUUGGAGUGCUUACCUUCGGCACCGCCCCGGGCGCGGGCUUCGGGACCCAGGCCAUGGGGCAGCCAAGCGUGGAUAUUCUGACUGAGGAAGAUCUGAACCCUCCCACAGAAUUCUAUCCCCUCCUAGAGUCUUCCCUGAUGAUGCCACCCCAGUUCCUGGGAUCCUGUAAGAACCAUGCCUGCUCCAGUGGGACCACAUGUCACCUUGUGAAGCACAAACCUGAGUGUGUGGCCAGCACCCAGGCCACUGAGAUCAUGUUCAGUCCCAAGACCAUAACUCUGAAGGACUCUAAAACCACAGCAGUGGCCAAACCAGGAUCAGAGAGCACACCUGAAGCCAAACCAGGGCUUGUAUCUGUGGCUGUGAAUGAACUUCAGCUUCAAUCUUCAGCUUUGGUUAAACCAGAACUUGAACCUCUGCCUGUAAAAGAACCAAUUCCUGAAACCCUGGCUGUGACUGAACCAUUACCUGCACCUUUCCCCCUGCCAGUGCCCACAGUUGAACUAGAGUCCAAACCCAAGGCAGUGUCUCAGGCUAGGUCAGAAUCCAUCUCAGCGGCCAAGCUGGGGCUCAAGGUGGUGGCAGUGACUGAACCAGGCUUAGAGGCUGUGACUAUGGCAAAGCAAGAACCUGACACCGUGUUUGGGUCCCAAAUGGUGUCUGAGGCCAAAUCAGAGACGGCGGGUGUCUCUAGUGAGGGGCAGGGGGGCAUCACAGGGGGUACCUGCUGGGCUUCCGGGCUACCAUACAUCUACACUUUUGAUGGCUACUCUUUCCCUGUGCCUGGGGGCUGUACCUACACACUGAGCCAUUGCCCUCAGGCCCUGCCCAGUGGCCUCCCUGCCUUCCAGCUGUGGAUCGCCAGCUCCGGAGAGAGGCAGCCCAUGCGUUUUGUCACGAUGCGCAUCUUUGGUGUCACCAUCACUGCUGUCAAGCAUGAGUUCGGCUUUGUCCAGGUGAACCAGCAGCGGCUGCGGCUGCCGGCGACGCUGCGCGACGGGAGGCUGCGUUUGCGCUUCCGCAGCUCAGAACUCUGGGCAGAGGCAGGUCUGGAGCAAGAGCCACCCGCGCUGCGCCUGAUGUACGACUGGCAGCACGCGCUGUCUCUGCAACUGUCCGAAGGCUACCGUGCGCACGUGGUGGGCCUGUGCGGCAACUUCAACUGGGACCCGACAGACGAUGUGGACGGUCCCGACCCGCGCGCUUUCUUGCGCACUUGGGCCCUGCAGCCGCCCGACGCUGCAUGCCACGCCCUCUGGGCUGCUCCCUGCGCCCAGACAGUGUCCCCACCCGAGACCCCGGGGCCCUGCGCCAUCCUGGCCGCUCUGAACGGGCCCUUUAGCCCCUGCCACGACGUGCUGCUGCCUGCGCCCUUCGAGACCAGCUGCAGUGCUUGGAUCUGCCCCUUUCCCAACUACCGCCCUGCUCUUUGCUUGACCCUCCAGGUCUAUGCGCACGCAUGUCAGCGCCUGGGUGUCAGCAUCGACUCCUGGAGAUUCCAGGCUGGCUGCCCCAUCAAAUGCCCCCCAAACAGCCAUUAUGAGCCGUGUGGCUCCUCCUGCCCAGAGACGUGCAUGGGUCCUUUGGGAGCAUCGUGCCCACUGCCCUGCGGUGAAACGUGCGCCUGUGAUGCCGGCUAUGUUCACAGUGGCCCUGACUGCGUCCUGCGGCACCCGGGGCCUGGUGGCUGUGGGUGCACGCACCAGGGGCAUCUGCUGGGACCAGGAGAGACUUUAUGGGAGGGCGUGGGCUGCACGCGCCACUGCCUCUGCCCAGCUUCAGGAGGGAGCGUCAUCUGCACGGAGGUGGGUUGCAGUCCAGGAGAGCGCUGCGUUCUGUCACACGGCCUGCGCACAUGUGUGCCCUCGGGCAUAGCCACAUGCGUGGCGGCCGGUGGAGGCCACUACAUCACCUUCGAUGGGCGCCGUUUUCGCUUCCCUGGCUCUUGCAUGUACCUGCUAAGCGGCCUUAGUUCUCAGGUGCCACAGGAGCUGGCUGACUUCCGUGUGCUCCUGGGCACCGGUCCUGAUGGCGUCCCGAGUAGCCUUGAAGUGCUCGUGUCUGGAUGCCACCUGAGGCUGGACCCCAAGGAACCUGGUCGUGUCCUGGUGAGAAAAUCCCAACCCUGCCCACACAUGCACCCAGGGAUCCCACUGAUGACCUCUGACCCAGAGUCUUCACCUCAAGACUCCAAAACCUGAUCCCAAGAUCCCCCUAACCUCACCCUAGGGUCAUACCUUGAGUUUUUGUCCUAUGAUACUGGACCCUCAAACCAG